AAGAAGAAAGCGAGCUUGCCGAUUGGACGAUUGCUCAAGAAAGUAAAAGGACAAGAAGGAACCUAAACAAGCAUGAGUUUUGUCGUAAUCGUUCAAAUGCUACACAACAGCAGCAAAAGUCAGUAAUAUAGUCUUUCUUCUUGGAUAAAGUAGAUCGUAAUGGCCUCCUCGUUCAUCAGACAGAUGUCUAUAAAGUCCUGGCGGCUCUUGUGGGGAGCUUCUUCUCCUGGUCUCUCUCAGCUGCUCAAACCGUCUCAGCCGGGGAUUACUUGUGUUUUGGCGGCCGGCAAGAAUGAUUUGACGGAUUUCCCAGAGUUGGUUGAGGAUGAGCUUGAAGAGCAGUUUGUGAGAGGUUCAGGUCCUGGAGGACAGGCGACCAACAAGACCAGCAACUGUGUGGUGCUCAAACACAUCCCCACUGGGAUUGUAGUGAAGUGCCAUCAGACACGAUCUGUGGAUACAAAUCGAAAGCGUGCCCGUGAAAUCAUGAGAGAGAAACUUGAUGUUGCGUACAAAGGAGAGCUCAGUGAAGUUCUUGUAAAGAAGCGGGAGUCUGAAUUAAGAAAACAAGUCAAAAGAAGAAAAGUUAAUGAGAAUUUGGAAAGAAAAAAACAAUUUAAAGAAGCUCUAGCUGCUGAAAACAAACCUGGAAAUGACUCUCUUUAAAUGUAUUUGUUAUAAAAGAUGUUAAUUAUAUAAAGCAAGUUACAGCUCAUGAGUGUAACUAUGCACUAAAAUGCAUAUGCAAUAAAUAUACUUUCCAAACUGUAUUCUCAUGUAUAAAGUGUUUAUCCAAUUUUCAA